AUGUCAGCGCUAAGUACUGACACCGAGAAGAUUUACUCGACUCCUGAUUUGCGUCGCGCUUCUUCUGUGAAAGGGAGAAUCGUAUGGCAUCCAGUGGUGAUGACAGCGGCGUCGCUCUCCGAGGCCGCCGGGAGUCGCAUCUCCGCUCAGAGCCUGUUGGGCACCCUUCAUGCAUCAUACCAUCAUACGCGCAAUCAUUGUUGGACAGUCGGACAGUCAUUGCAGUGUGGCUCCGCCACGGCGAUGCGUUCAGCUGGUAGCUGCGCUGGGCGCCAGCAGCCCGUUGGCAUCCCGAACCCUUACGGAACGGCGCUUCGUGCGCAAAGUGCAGGAGUAACACUUGUUCUCUAUGAUCACCUCCUCAACUUACCGAGGGAGAUCCAAUACGUGUGGCAAGAACCGCCUCUCUUUCUGGCAAUAUGCGUGCUCGCCGACGUAUAUCUUAGGGAAGCCGGUCUCAUGUAUAUUGCAGUCGAAGUGAGACCUAAGGACGUACACGUCGCCUUGGAUCCGCCCACUGACACCGGCGGUCAUGACAGUAAUGCAUCAGUCCAUUCUUACAUUCUCUUUCGAUUGUACCGAAUCUGGGACGACCGAAAGUUUGUCAAAUAUGUCCUUGGUGUAGCCUUCGUGAUAUGUAUGGCCGGAACUAUCGUAUCUGACGGCUACGUCUUGAAGCAGCUCACCGCGGAAGUGCAAUACGUGCAGUUUCAUGCCAUAAAUCAGGCCGCGACAUGCGUAUUCCCUAAGAAGUCUUGGUAUCUUGUUGGCUCUUGGGCAGGCAUGGUCGCAUUCGAUUUGAUUGCACUUGCCAUGGUCACCCUGAGCUCCCUGAUGACCCCGCGUAGACCCAACACUGCCAUUGUCGGUGUUCUAUACAAACAGGGGUUCCUUACAUUUUUGGCGUUUCUGCGUAGGUUCUACGACUAUCAAGAUUACUGCCAACCAUAUUCGGAUCGGCUGCGGACACGUUACUCAUGCCACCGGUUACGUGGGCGCUAG